CGCUUAUCAAGACAGUACUACAUUAGAUAACUACCAAAAUGCCAGCAAAAAAAGUCGCAGCAGCUCCUUUAGCCACCAAGACCUCAAAGUCAGCUUCUCCUAAGAACCCUUUGUUUGAGUCCACUCCAAAGAACUUUGGUCUGGGCCAAGCAAUUCAGCCAAAGAGAAACUUGUCUAGAUUUGUCAAAUGGCCAGAAUACGUUAGAUUUCAAAGACAAAAGAAGAUUUUGUCCUUGAGAUUGAAGGUUCCUCCAGCUAUCGCACAAUUUUCUAACGUUUUAGACAAGAACACUGCAGCCGAGGCCUUCAAGUUGUUGAACAAGUACAGACCAGAAACCCCUGCUGAAAAGAAGGAAAGAUUGACCAAGGAAGCCGCUGCAAUUGCAGACGGUAAGACGAAGGAAGAUGUCUCCGACAAGCCCUACGUUGUCAAGUACGGUUUGAACCACGUUGUUGGUUUGAUCGAAAACAAAAAGGCUAAGUUGGUUUUGAUUGCCAAUGAUGUCGACCCAAUCGAGUUGGUUCUUUUCCUUCCAGCUUUAUGCCACAAGAUGGGUGUUCCUUACGCCAUUGUCAAGGGCAAGGCCAGAUUAGGUACUCUUGUCCACCAAAAGACUGCUACUGUUGCAGCUCUCGUCGAUGUCAAGUCCGAAGACGAAGCUACUUUGGCCAAGUUGAUUUCCACCAUCAACGCCAACUACAUUGAAAAGUACGACGACUCCAAGAGACACUGGGGUGGUGGUAUUAUGGGUGCCAAGGCACAAGCCAAGAUUACUCAAAGAGCUAAGCUUGCAGCUGCUGCAGCUGCAUCUUCUACUGCUCCAAGGGUUUGAGUUAUUUUAUCAUUCUUUUUGUCGUUUUCCGCUUUUUCUAUAUAGUAAUUCUAAUAUCUCUUCAAACAAUAUACUUUCUAUGCGUUCUAGU